AUGGGGCAAACAAACAGCGUCUCAGCCGAGAUUGAAAUCCAGGCCCCGCCGUCGGCUGUGAGAUCAGUGUUUCUGGAGUUCAGCAAAUACAAACAGUGGAGUCAGAAGUGGGCUUUCGAGCCGGCAGAGCCGGGCAAGGAUCCCUCGGAGCUCAAGGACGGCGAUAAGAUCAAGGUUGACAUGGGAGGAAUGACGUUCAGCCCAGUCAUCAGGGAAAAUACCACAGAGACUCUCGAGUGGGUGGGGUCGAUCCCUCUAUUGUUCAUUGGAAGACAUGAGUUCUGGUUCAAUCCCAGCGAACAGAACUCUGGAGGGACAACGUUUAUCCAGGUCGAAGAGUUUCGUGGGCUGUUGGCGUUCCUCAUGGCACCGAGGUGGGGAUUCAGGCAGAAGACUCUCGUUGGUUGGAACCAGUUCAACGCCGACCUCAAGAGGGAAGUUGAAAGCCGCCCUUUCUAG